GCUUCUCUCAACUCAAACUCAAACUCAAAACUCAUUUGUCAUAGGUUUUUAUGACCACACUUUUGUGUAAACUAUCGGAUAAACCAACAAUGCGAUAAAAUUGUGGAACCGUGUCAAAAAGUUUUGCAACUGCUACAACUGGACUGCAGACUACGACGGCCUGACGAAUGGACUUUUAUUUGUUUCCUUGUCGCAGAGAGCGGGAGAGUUAGGAAGAACAGAGAGCAAAGACGCUCUGCUGUCAAGGAAAAUGUAAUUAAAAUAUUAGUGGUAGAUCUAUAGUGAGUAAUCAAGACCGAAAUUCAAGCUCUGGAUCAACUAGAUCUAUUACUGUGCUCUUUCUCACUAUGUUCAGUUGGGUGAGUGCUCCGUGAAAUGCCUGGAUGAUAAGUCAAGACCAGUUGGACAAUGAACGUACUGGAGCUGACCAACUGGGAUUUCAUCUCGUACAGCGAACUCGAGACUUUUCUGCGUGUGGGCUGUCACCUGGACGAGGAUCUGGUCAACACUGUGCUGAGGAAUCGGCUGACCCCGCUGUGUCUGGCCUGCAAGCACAACCGAGAGGAUCUUGUCACCGUUCUCCUCUUCCAUGGCGCCGAUCCCAACAAGUGCUCCGACUUCCUCAGCAAAAGACCGCUGCACUUUGCCUGUGAUCAUAGUGGUGGAAACACGGGUGUGGUGCGGAAACUGUUACAAGCGAAUGCCGACAUCAAUGCUGUUGAUGAGGAUGGCAACACAGGUCUACACCUGGCCUGUUCAGAAAGCAACAUCCCCGUUGUGAGGCUGCUCAUCGAGAGAGGGGCGGACGUUAACGCAAGAGAUGUUGACGGCGAGACGCCCUUGGUGCGUGUGUGUCUGGCCAGGAACGUGGAACUCAUUGACCUCCUGCUGAAGGCCGGCUGCGACCCGAAUGUGCCAGAGGGGCAGCCCGUGGAGCUCCUGGUUCGAGCCCCGCUCGUUGAAGCUCUGAAGCUCCUGAUUGAGGCUGGGGCAAACAUUGGGCAGGGAGCCUUCUUGAGUCACGCUUGUGAGCACGACAAUAUAGAGAUGAUGAAGGUUUUGCACCACUACGGCGCCGACGUGAACAAACCGAACAUACUGGGCAUGACCCCGCUGCAAACCGCGUGCUUCCACCAGCAGGCUAGUCUGACGACCUUGAGACUGCUGCUGCGGUGGGGAGCCGACGUAAACGCUUGCUCAAAGUCGUGGAAGACGGCACUACACUACGCCUGCAUCGCCCAGGACCUCAGGAAGAUCCACCUCCUCCUGGCCUACAAAGCCAACGUGAACGCGGACGACUUCCACCAGUUGUCCCCCCUCAUGACAGCCAUCAAAAACCCAGCGUUCAUGAACUCGACGGCAUGGCCCGAGACGAUCCGAGUCGUCGUUGAUCUUCUGGUCGCCGCGGGGACCGUAGUGACCGUUUGUCGGCUGGACAGGCUCCGGUCUUUCGUGGUCCACCUGGAGGGGAUCGGGGAGAGAUGCCAGGAGCUUCUCCAAGACCUGUACGUGCACGCCUCCAAUCCCAGAACGCUGCAGGAUUUGUGUCGGGUGCGGAUCCGAGACACCAUCUGCCCGAACGUUGACGACAAAUUGGACGCAUUACCUCUGCCGUCGCAGGUGAAGCGAUACCUCAAGUUUUCUGACGUUGUUAGUGAAUUUGUGAAAGUGUGAUGACAUUAUUUCUUCUAUUCUGAAACUUAAAAUGUGGGUGGUUGGCGAGUGCUCUGGUGUGGUUUGCUCCUUCUUUCCGAUCAAACUUCUAUC